AGGAGCGGCCACACUUGCGUUCGCGGAAGCCCGAGGCAGAACAAAAGGGAAAUCCGGCGGUCGGCUCAUUUUCAGAAUCCCACCUUUCCUUUUCCCCCCGGAUUUGCGGGCGGUGAUUAGCGGCCCGCAGCCUCCAGCCGCGGAACGUAAGCCUCAGCCUUGACUCUAGCCCAGCAUCUCCCUCAGUCUCCUGACCCCCGAGGGACUGAAGUGAGGCAAGUGUCCCAAGGUUCUCCAAGAGCCGGGUUCCAGGAUGCAACCCCAAGUCCCAGGCUCGGCUUUGGCAAGAUUUCGCUCGCAGCGAAGCAGCUCCGGGUUGCAGGGCUAAUCUUGCAGCUUUCGCCCUUCCCCCCCCUGCAAACUUUGGGCUCUUGUGACGGAAGCAGGAACUUACUAACCGCAGAAUCCUUCCCGAGCAAUUGCGUAGGAUACAGAUCCCUCUUUUCCACCCCCACCCCCUCUGCCUCUGCAGGCAGUCUUCCGCGGGGAACGGUCUUUGGGACUUAGCCACCCUUCUCAGUGAUCCUGGGUAUUCCUGCAACUAAGUUCUUCCUGCUUCAGGCUGCGGGUAGCAUCAGGCUUUCCCCGGAAUCCUUGGGCAAAGAGCUACAGAGUUUGAGAGAAUUCCAUUGUCUGAACAUUGCUUCUGAGGCAAUAAGAAAAACAGAGAACUCAUCAUUUUUGAAUUCUAAAAGCUGAACCUUAUUUAAAAUUAUAAAUGUCCUUCAGAGUAAAAUUGGGCCUGACUUAUGCUUUUGUAAUGAUUUGUGCUUUGAUGCCAGUACAAUCGAUAAGUCUAAGUUGCCCUACCGAGAGCCUAGAAGACGUCAUGAUUGACAUCCAGUCAUCUCUUGCUAAUGGAAUCAGAGGCAUUGAGCCCAUACAUACAGAAACUCGAGAAGAUUGCAUUAAUUUUGGCUGUUUGACCAAAAAUAUAACAGGGAACAAAGAGUGUAACUUGAUCAUCUUUGAUGGCCGAAAGACAACUAAACAACCAAAUUGCUACUUGUUUUAUUGCCCCAGUAAAGAAGCUUGUCCAUUGAAAUCAUCAAAGGGAAUUAUGACUUAUAGGAUACUGAAAGAUUUUUCUCCUUUGCACAAAGCUGAUUUACCACAUCCAGAUACAACCCCAAACAGUUAUUACUUGACUGAAAAAUCUUCACAAGUAGUCAUGGACCCUGUACAGCUAACAGAUCAAUUGAACUAUACUAAUAUUUCGUCAAAAGAUACAGUUUCUCAGAAGCUCGAAUUGCAAGAUAACUUGUCGAAAGCAGUAAAUAAGAGUGAUGAACUGAAUUCACAACUUUCUGUAUACAAAAAUAAAGACCAUCUUCAAAACUCAGAGCUUUCCUCUAAACAAAAAGUAGCUAAUGUAUUGUCUGAAAAUGUAAUUGCAUUUCUGCCUAAGGAAACUACAUCAUCUCAAUCCAUUGUCCCCACUACUCCAGUACCUGCUGCUUUGCAAUCUACUGUCUCUCCUCCGGUGCUUUCUACAAUUUCCAAUUAUUUAGUUGUUCCUUUAAAAGUAACCACUGAGCCUGAUCCGACAGUAUUCACUACUCCUAAACCUGUUUCUAUUACUACUGCUACUAUUCCACAGCCCUCCACUCCCACAUUUUCUACAGUUAUUACAACAGCUACAAACCAGCUUCCCAUAAUAAGAAAAAUGGCUUCAACCACAAUGCCCAGUAUAACUACAAGCAUGAAAGUCACCCUAGAAACAAAACAAUUUAAAGAAAUCAUCAAUUACUCAAUUUCUAACAAUGAUAAUGUUAUGUACUCUUCAACCUUUCCAUCAUCAAAUAUUAAUUCCUUUGCUGAAAAUAAAAUUAAUUCCCAUGAAAAUAGGAGGCUUGAAUUAAACAACCCCCGGCUUGAUAAUGUUCCAAGAAAUAGAUUCCCUCUUCAGUUUGAAAAGUGGACACUCAUAGGCAUAUUGUUCUGUGGACUGUUGUUUUUAGUAAUAGGUCUCAUACUAUUGGGCAAAAAACUUUCAGAAUCUCUUCAGAGAAAAAAGUAUUCUAGACUAGAUUAUUUGAUCAAUGGAAUUUAUGUUGAUAUUUAAGAAGAAAGGGAAGUGCCUUUGAUUCUUAGUUAAGCAACUAGAAAAUACAAAUUAUUACUUUUCUGUUAGCUUUCAGAAGAUUAUAUUUUAGAGACUAACCCUUGCAAGUACCAUUAAAAGGAAAGGGACAGAUACUGGACCACUAAUUGACUCCCAAAAUUUGACUAAAUUAAUGAAUAUACAAAAGAACUACUAAAAUAUCAUAGAACAAUUAGUAAAUUGAAAAAAACCUAAAUUAUAGUAGAAAAACUGUUGUGACUUUGGGAUCCUAAUUAAAUGAUAUUUCUGAUUUCUGAUAAGAUCAACUUUGUCAUGAAAAUUCUUUGAAUAUAAUUAUAUUUUUUUGUAUUAGUUUUUAAACAUCAUGUAAAAAUUUGAACAUUAUACCACUUACAUUUGUUUUUAUUUAGGAAUUGAAUAAGUAUGUUGACCCUGAUAAGUAUAUCAUCAUAGUUUUAUAAUUAUUCCUAUUAGGCAAGUUAUUGAUUGAUUAAAAUUUGUAUUAUGUUUUAAUUACAAAUAUACCUAAUUGUACUUUGUGAUAUAUUCUUAAGUGGUUAGUUUGUAGGUUAGCUCAGCUUCAUUCCUUGCCCAAAGAGCUUUUGGGGCCAUUUUAACUUUUGGUAGCCAAUGGGCUACAUAAAUUACUUCUAACUUAUUUAAAUGUAUUGUUUCAUUGGGGAAAUAAAAGGUUUUCCAUAUUUGUAUAUGAUCUGAAAUAACACUCAUUCACUUUGAUGUUUAUGAAUUUUUAAUGUAAACUUCACUAGUUGUCAUAAAAUAAUAGAUUUAAAUCUGAAAGUGACUUUAUAAAAUUAAUCCAAACCCCUAAAUUUAUAAGUGAGAACAUAGUAGGCCUAGAAAAGUUAACUGAAUUGUCCAAAGUAAUAUAUCCAAUCAGUGGUAGAGUUGGAAUUCAAACAGAGAUCUGACUCCAACUCCAUUUCUCUUUCAGCUAGACAAUGGGGUCUCUCAAUUUAAACUUGUGGAAAACUGUCUGUCAACAGUUAAUUGUGUGACGUUGGAGAUGUGACUUCAUUUGUCUGGGUCUCAUUUGUAGGCUAAAGCAGUUGGCCUAUACUAGAGAUUUCCAAUCCAAGAUGGGUGAUCUUAAAUUCACAUCAUUUAGCUCUGUAUUCAAAGAAAAUUUGAUCAACAAAUCCUUGCUUAGAAAAGAUGGAAAGACUUAAAAUCCAUUAUUGAAAUAAACUUGAAGCAAAUAUGCAAUUUAAAUUUGAGACUGUCAGAGUAGACAAACUUUCAAAUUCCUUUCUAGCUCUUCUACAUUAGAAAUAAUAUUCAGGGCUUAAAAACUGAUUCUAAUUUUGUUGUCUGGUUUUGAUUCUUAAGGAUACAAUAGUGUGUAUAUUGUGAUUUAUAUAAAAUGCUUUAUCAAGAAAAUUUUGCCAUGUAUUUUAGCUAAUUGUCUUGCUUAUUUUUAAAAAAUCUGUAAAUACAUUUUUAAACUUUCAACUAUGAACACUAGAGGACAGUAGUAUAAUAAGUAUAAUUAAGAGCACAAGAAGGAAAUCACUCAAAUUAAAUCUUUUCUUUUUUUUUUCUCUAUAUAAAGCUCACAGAGCCUAUUAGAAGGGAAAGCUUGUUUAUACAGCUAGGACCCAAUUAGUGUGAAUAAUGAAUCCCAUGAAGUGGUCACAUUAUUUACCUUCAUGCUGUAUUUCAAACAAAGUUUUCAGAUUAUUUUUCAACUUAAUGGAUUGAUACAAAUAUUUGCUGUUUUUUUGUAAACUUAAAGCAAUUUCAUGAAAUAAAAAGUUGAAUAAGAACCAAGAUGUUAU